AUGGAUAACUGGAAGAUCCAGCUGGUUUUUGUGACUUUUUGUGCACUGGUGCAGACCUAUCAUGGAUUAUCUUUCAGCACAGAGGAGGAAGGAGGGCUGACAAAAGACUGGCAGACUGAAUCAGUGGACCGGGGUCUGAGCGACCCAUUAGACAGUCUGAUGAAAAGAUCUAAGGCCCUUCGCUUUUAUGGACUCAUGGGGAAGCGCGCAGCUACCAGGAAACCAUUCCCAGUAAACAGACGUGAGUGA